AUGAGCAGGACGCUGACAAGCUGUGGGGUCGUGGGGGAUGUGCUGGUGGUCGCCCCUAUGGAGGCGGUGUGGCUCACGGGUAGCGAGCUGCAGCUUCAGGAUGGGCGAGGCUGCCUGAGCUUCGAGGUCAAGGGCGACACCGACGCCACGGUGCUGCUGAAGCAGCAGUCGGGUUCCCGCCGCUGGCAGCACCUAGCCUUGGGCGCGGCCGCCGCCGCCGCCGCAAACGGGCAGCCAGCAGCAGGCCGCGGCUCGCCGGUGGAGCAGAAUUACACCAUCAUCCUGGGCAGCCACCGCAACAGCUGCCUGAAGUUUGAGAAGGACGGGGAGCUGUGCUGCAUGGUGCCCACCGCGCCCGAGGCCAAGCUCAGCAGCAGCAGCUUCUCCAAGUACUGGCUCAACUUUGACGGCGGCGCCAUCAGUGUGGGCACAGGAGAGCCGGGCGACAACCUGUGCUACACCUGGACCGACCCAGACCCCAUCCCCAACAUCCACUACGCAGGGCUGAGCGCGUGGGACAAGCAUGUUGGGUACCGCAACCUGUGCAUGCACCCAGCGCUGGCGCUGCUGCCCCGCAGCCCCUCGCCCAAGCAGCAGCGCGCAGCGGGCGCCGGCCAGCAGCAGCCGUGGGAGCUGUGGCCUGAGGAGGCGCAGACGCCGCCGUCCGCGUCGCCGCCCAGCCUGCUGGACUGCUGCCAGGCGGCGCUGCUGCGAGGUCUCACCCCGCUGUCUGUCUGCGACCUGCUGCAAGUGGCAGAUUGCCUUUCGCCUGUGGCCGACCGGCUGCGCAGCCACGCCGUCGAGUAUGCCGCCCAGCACUUCUCAGCGGUCGCCGCGCAAGACCUUGCCGGCCUGUGCAGCCUCAGCACCGCCUGCCUGUCCGAAAUCCUGUGCAGCCAGUCGCUGGACUGCCACGAGAAGGCUGUGUUUGACGCGGUGAUGAAGUGGGCGGGGUAUGGGUGCGACGUGGCGGACCUCUCCUCCGCCUGCCACCCGAUGCAGGACUUGGACCAGCUGCUGCCGUGCAUCCGCUUCCCGCUGAUGCGGGACGAGGAGCUGGAGGCUGUGAGGCGGCACGCCAUGUGCCAGCGCAGCAGCCUGCUGCAGGAGCUGCUGCAAGAGGCGCUGGAUGCACGCAUGGAUGAGGAGGGGCAGCGGGCGCCGCAGGCAAGCUUGCAAGCCAGCGGCCGGAGCCAGUGGCCGCAGCGCGCUGCGCCUGCUCGUUGCCCGGCUUGUUGGCAGGCCAGCCAGAGCCAGAAAUCAAGAGCCUGCGCCAGGCCGCCAAGGCGCCGCCAUUGCGCGGCGCUGCGGGGCCAGCGGGGCCCCAUCUCCGUUCAGGGCAAGCGCCAUGUGCGGGCGCUGACCGCCAGCGAGCAGCUCGCCUCCUCCCGCUUCCGCCUGCGCCGCGCCCCCGGCUGCGCCGAGCUCAUCUACAUGUAUGACGGCGACAAGAACGGCGUGUGCUGGCACCUGGGCAGCCGCGGCGGCAGCCAGCCGUGGGUGAACCCCGUGCUGGCGGGGCGCCUGCAGGUGCGGGCCAGCAGCCCCGCCUGCCGCAGCACCGACCCCAAGGCGCUGGCCGGCAACAAUUUUGCCCGCUGCAACUUUGCGGGGCCGCGCAUGGAGAACGGGCAGCUGUCCAGCUGGUGGGUGCUGGAUCUGGGGCCGGAGCACCGCCUCAUCUGCAACCACUACACGCUGCGCCACGACGGCUCCACAGACUUCCUGCGCAGCUGGGUGCUGCAGGGCUCCAACGACGGCGCCAGCUGGGCGGACCUGCGGCGCCACAUCAGCGACCGCACGGUGCGCAUGCCCGGGCAGUACGCGUCGUGGCCCGUGAGCAGCCACGCGGCGGCGGUACCGUACCGCAUGUUCCGCCUGCUGCUGGUGGGGCCCAACCCGGAGGCCGCCAACCCGCACCACGUGUGCCUCUCCUUCUGGGAGCUGUACGGCUACCUGUACAGCAAGCAGGCCGGGCAGGGCGCGGGGGCAGCCCCCUGCGGCGCUUAGGCUCACGGUACUCCACUCACGUGCUGCUCACCGUUUGUGGCCAGCUGUGCUCCCCACCUGGGACCGUCCCACAGUUUUCAUGCCAUAGCACCCGCUCCUCUCGCUUCCAGCCCCAACACACGAUACAUCCGGCUCCAUUCAGCCGUCGCCCCAUGCAACAGUUUUCCGGCCGCGGCAGCCGCCCACCCACGGGCCCCCAAACCACAUGUGUGACCAUCGUCCCCUCAGCCGCCCAUUUUUCUCGUCUGCCCCGUCAUUUCUUUUCAGACCCAUGCCUGAUCUAUGCCCCUGCUAACCAUGUUAUGCCUUGCUGUUUUUUUCACGCGCCCAGCAGCUGCCUGUAACGCCUCAGCAGUC